AUGCUGUUGAGCAGUGUCUUCUGGGCUGGCAGUAGAAUCAGAAGUCUUCGAGAUCGGCUUGGGCUUCUGCGAACUUGGUCCUUCCCAGGCCACGUCUGCCACCCUCUUGUACAGGCGCGUUCAAGAACACUUCGGGUCGUUUCGCGUCAGCAUCUGCGCCAAUCGCCGAAGCUGCACCUGGACAGGCGACACCAUCCGCGAGGUCGUCUCCUUGGACGGCGUGGGGAGUCAAAGAAAGGCUACGACGUGGUCGUUAUAGGGGCCGGACUGGGCGGCCUGGCCUGUGCGGCAGCGCUCGGCAAGGCUGGGCGCCGCGUGCUCGUCCUGGAAGCACACAGCGUUCUUGGCGGCUGUGCGCACUCCUUCAAACGCAAGGCUCCUGGAGGAGGAGAGUAUCUCUUCGAUUCUGGUCCGUCCAUUCUAACAGACAUGGGGAAGCGCAAUCCCCUGCGGGUCGUGAUGGACUACGUCGGGGCAAGCCAAGACGUUGAGUGGAUCUAUUACGAUGGCUGGGGCAUGCUGACCCCUGAAGGGCCCUGGCGACUGCAGCUGGGGACGUCGAACUUUCGCGACACCGUCCUACCAAGGUAUGGCGUUCCGCCCGAGGAGUUUGACGAGGUUCUGAAGGCAUCAGCUCCCUUGGCGCAGAUUGGGCGCCAGAUCCCUGGCCUGGUCUUGCGAGACGACGAGUGGCAGCUCCUCCCGCUCCUCCUGAAGUUUCCUGGAGCGGUGUUGCCGGCCAUCCGCGAAGCCGCCAGCCUCUCUGAGCCUUACAGCAAGGUUCUUGACCAGCUGGAGGCAGAGGGCAAAAUGCGAAAGGGGAGCUGGUUGCGAGCCUGGCUCGAUGCUCUGGCCUUCUCGCUCUCGGGCUUAGACUGCAGCGGCACCACGACCGCAGCGAUGGCAUUUACCGUCGACGAACUCCAUUGGGAAGGCACCCGUGGCCUUGCCUACCCCAAGGGUGGCAUGGGCUCCGUGAUUGAUGCCCUCGCAGCCGCGGUGCGCCGCGAGGGUGGCGAGAUCCGCACGAACGUUCGGGUAGAGGAGGUUCUGAUGGACAAUCGCUGUGCCGUCGGUGUGCGAUGUCUGCGGCUGAGGAGCCCAGCUAACUCUCUCCCCAAAGUCAGACUUCGAAAGCCCAAGCAUCGUCGCCUAAGCUCAACGUUUACUUAG